AAACGUAUCGGACAGUCGUUAUCUUGUUUUGUCAACAAACUGUCUGUUUGAGUCUUGGUGGAGGUCCUGUAAUGGGUGUUAAGUCACUAAUGACCGCCCAACUGUAUUGUUAAACAACAACUGACGCUGUCACCGGCAGGAGAAGGAACCUCCAACACUGAAAGUAUAUAUCAGAGGAAAACUACGAGCAACAGACAUCGGGAGAAGACCUGCAAGCCAGAGAUUGAGACUGAAGAUGAGUUUUGUGGCCAAAAUAUCCAUAGUGCCUAAAGAAAAUGGGGUUUACUGUUAACACGCUGGAAUUUUCACUAGUUUAGUUCUCUUGGGAAUAUAGAGAACUUGCCCAAACACAAUGGCUGCUACGUGUAUUAUGAAGCAAGUCGAGGAACGACACGUUGCAACUGAAAUUACAAGAUGUGUCUGGUCUCCAAAGAUGGAUUUAGUUGCAGUCGCAAAUGUUCAAGGUCAAGUUGCAAUGCACCGGUUGUCCUGGCAGCGUGUUUGGGUGAUUAGCUCACCAGGGGAAAACGUGAAAGUCACAGGACUGGCAUGGCGGCCCGACAGUAAAGUUCUUGCAGUUGGAUAUUCGACAGGUGAAGUGAUUCUAGUAGACAUAGAAGAUAGCAGCCUAGUUCACAAGCUGAAUGCCAAUGCUGAAGUUACGGCUCUCAAUUGGGCUGUGCAUGUUCCUGAGGAAGCCUCUAAAAAGGAAACCUUAUUUGAGGACUCAUCAGAGAUGUUUCUACCACCACUUCCUUCCCUUUCAAAAACAUACACAGGAAGCAGUGGAGAGGACCGUGAGGAAGGGUGGCACGAGGGUUGUCUUCUACGGGAUCAGACAUCAUUAACUCUCCUCACGGUUGCCACAGCUGCAGCAUCCGUCUACAUCUAUGCCUUUGGGCUUUUUCAUUGUGCUACUGUUAACUUGGCCGACUCGGUGCCAAGAGCAGGGCAGGUUCUAGAUGCUACACCUUCCCAUGAUCUUCAUUUGCUGAGUUGUUUGGUGGAACGAGACAUUGGAGGAGAGAGGGAGGUUGUGCAUGUAACGAUAGAAACAUUGAUUUUAGCUUGCCGACAUCAGGAGCUCCGUGCACUUGCUUAUCGCUACGGCCAGAUCUGUGGGCUCAUGACCUAUGCCUCACAUACACUUACUCUGUUAGCAGAAGCUUGGGAGAAUAUUUUGCUUGAAUUAGAUCUUAAGUUAGCAACAUAUGCCAGAACUGUUCCUGAAGGUGGUGUAUCUGCUGACUUUUUAGAUCUUUUAGUAUUUGGGUUAUCUUCAACAGAAUUUGAUAUGUUUCUCUCAAACCAACUUACUGAGAAAGGUUUAAAAAAAUUGGGCCAUUCAAUAGAGCUUAGCUAUUCUAACAUCCAGAAAUUAGUUUUACGCAAUGUGCAAGCAGUGGGACAAGCACUUGUAUACCAGCUAAGUGCACUAGUUGGUCUAGCACGACACCAUGAUCGUUUUGGAAUGUUAGGCGUUGAGGAAGAUGUUGUCACAAAUGCAGUUAGAGAGGCUGGGGCAUUUGUACUCAAGGCUGUUGAGUUGCAGCAGGUAAUAGAUAGUGCAAUGAGUACCUUUAAGGCUUUUCUGCGAUGGCUGUAUGUUGUUGUGCAGCGUGUACGAGGUGAAACUGUACCAGAUGAGAUGAGCCGCAUGACUCAGCAAGACCUUACUUACAUAACAGAGUUUUUGCAUGAUAGUCUUGAAGACACAGAAACAGGACCUGAUGGUGAGAAGCGCACAAGAUUCCGCCUAGAACGUGUUGGUCAGUACCUAAAAGAUGCGCCACUCUCAUGUCCACCAGAAUCUGGACGUAAUCCAUGGGCUGUCUUUCUUGCAGAGCAUCCUGCAGUUGCUGAGCAUUCUCUUAUUUUUCCACAUUAUCCAGAGCGUUCUCUCUUGCAGGAACACAAGAAUCUUGAGCGAGUUUUGGAUAAUAUGGCAGGACAACCAGCAAAAGUUAUAAGUGGAGCUGUAAACAUUGUUGCUUGGGUCCCAUUUAUGGCUGUAGCACCAACUGGGCCAGUUAGUGUGAGUCAGAUCAGUUGUCCACGUAACAAUGCUAUGUAUACUGUUCUUAUUCCUGGUCCUAAGCAAACGAUUCUCUAUCUGGCACGCUGGCCAACAAGUGCUGAACGCCUUGCUCAGGCCAAUGCACCACCAGGACCUGCUCAUCAUGUAGAGGCAGCUCCUUUUGUGUUUUCAAGACUAGAGGGAACACGAGGGUGUUCCUCAGAGCAACUUGGCCCACCAUCUCCAUUUCUGCAUUUAAUUGGGGCACAGUUUUAUGCUGAAGACACACUUUCUGUGCUGGCACAAGAUCCUGCCGAUUCUAAAUCCUCGUUUUUUAUUCAGUUAUGGAUGCAAACGGCUUGUGGAGGGCUGAAGCCUUUGGCAGUGUAUGGAGGACGGCGUUUAGCAGAGGCCGGUGUUACUCCCCAAGAUGCAUGUAGGCUGGUGGAUGCUAGUGGGUACAGACGCCUUGAGGGUGGUCCCCUCUCUUCACUGGCGGUGUCUGGAUCACGUAAGGUUGCACUUUUACUCUCAGAGAAUAGAAGACGUGUUAGGUUAUUUGAAAUGGAAGUGGAUGAAGAUGAUGAGGAUGAUGACGAAGAUGACACAGCCCAACAUGAGUCCAUUAUGAAUGCUUCUGGUGCUUCUGAUGAUCAGGUUGACAAUUUAUAGGCGAGUGUUUUAUUAAUUAAAAGAUUAAAUAUU